UCUAGUGGGACACUGGGGACCUCAGAUGGACACUGCUAUGGAAGUCAACCUGGGUGCCGCUGGCCACGGGCCCCGCACAGAGCUCGACGAUGAGGACUACCCCCAGGGUGGCUGGGACACGGUCUUCCUGGUGGCCCUGCUGCUCCUGGGGCUGCCAGCCAAUGGGCUCAUGGCAUGGCUGGCCGGCUCGCAGGCCCGGCAGGGAGCGGGUACGCGGCUCGCCCUGCUUCUGCUCAGCCUGGCCCUCUCUGACUUUUUGUUCCUGGCGGCAGCAGCCUUCCAGAUCCUGGAGAUCCAGCAUGGAGGGCACUGGCCACUGGGGACGGCCGCCUGCCGCUUCUACUACUUCCUGUGGGGUGUGUCCUACUCCUCCGGCCUCUUCCUGCUGACAGCCCUCAGCCUGGACCGCUGCCUGCUUGUGCUGUGCCCUCGCUGGUACCCUGGGCACCGCCCAGCCCGCCUGCCCCUCUGGGUCUGUGCCGGGGUCUGGGUGCUGGCCACCCUUUUCAGUGUGCCCUGGCUGGUCUUCCCCGAGGCCGCCGUCUGGUGGUACGACCUGGUCAUCUGCCUGGAUUUCUGGGACAGCGAGGAGCUGCCGCUGCGGAUGCUCGAGAUCCUGGGGGGCUUCCUGCCUUUCCUCCUGCUGCUCGUCUGCCACGUGCUCACCCAGGCUGCCACCUGCAGAACCUGCCGCCGCCAGCCCGGCUCCACGGCCUGCCGAGGCUUUGCCCGCGUGGCCAAAACCAUUUUGUCAGCCUAUGUGGUCCUGAGGCUGCCCUACCAGCUGGCGCAGCUGCUGUACCUGGCCUUCCUGUGGGACAUCUACCCCGGCUACCUGCUCUGGGAGGCCCUGGUCUACUCUGACUACCUGAUCCUGCUCGACAGCUGCCUCAGUCCCUUCCUCUGCCUCCUGGCCAGUGCCGACCUCCGGGCCCUGCUGCACACCGUGCUCUCCUCCUUUGCCGCAGCUCUCUGUGAGGAGCGGCCGGGCAGCUUCACUCCGGCUGAGCCACAGACCCAAGCGGCCUCUGGGGAUCAGACUCUACCAGGGCCAGUGGCUGAGGCCCAGCCACAGGUGAACCCCACAGCCCAGCCACUGUUGGAGUCCGCGGCCCAGCCACAGUCAGACGCUCUGGUCCAGCCUCAGCUGAACCCCAGGGCCCAGCCCCAGGAGAACCACGAGGCCCAGCCCCAGCUGGAUGCUGGGGCCCAGCCACAGGCAAGCCCUGAGGCCCAGGCCCCUGGAGCCCCGGCCAGCUCAGCCCCCAGCCCCUGUGACGAAGCCUCCUCUGCCCCCUCCACGGAUUCCACCCCAGAGGCCCCUGUGAACCCGGCCGAACCUGCUGCCUCUGAGGGAGAAAGCCCCAGCAGCGCCCCCCAGGAGGAGGCCCCGGGUGCAGGCCCCACGUGAGAGUCUGGGAAAGCCAGGGCCGCCAGGGCAGCAGAAGACCUGGGGAGACAGAGGAACCAGCCGGUCAGAGGACGACGGCUGCCGUGGAGGAAGUCCUCAUGGAAAACCCCAGCGAGCCCCUUGGCCUGGCAGACGGACUUGGGCGACGUGAACACGAAGCAGCCAAAAGUCCCGGACAGUCUUGUUGUGAGCGUCAUGUCCCUGCCGGAUCCCAGCAAGCUCCUCUGUGCUUGGCCCACACACGGUGGUCCAACGGUCCCCUGAGCUACCACAGCUGAUGGUGCCCUGCCGGGCUCUGCCCUCCGAUGCCCCCCAGACCCCACAGACAGUCUCCCCUUAGCCUCGGUCCUGCAGGAGAAAGACUGGCAGGGUGACUUCUCCGGGCUUGAUCUGACCUCCCCUGAUCCUUCCCUCCCUGCCCCACUUCCUGUCCCAACCUCUAACCUGGAUACGAGGAGCC